AUGCCCUACAACAACCCUAAUCAAUUUUUACAUAUCUUUUCUCGGUUUUUUCUUCUCAUUCACGAUCGGGUGCACCAUAUUUCCUCCCACCGACGACCCUCCUCCUUCCAACCAUCGUUGCCGGCGUCACCUACCUCCUUCUCCGUUCAGUGGAAGCUUUAUGACCGCUUAAUGAGGCUUGAAACCGGACUCAAUGGGACGAGAAGCCUAAUAGAGGCAUCACCUCGGUUGUGGGAGGAGAAAAUAAAGGAGAAUAAAGAAUAUGCCAAAUUUAGGAUAUUUAAUGAGAAAUAUACUCUUUUGUUUCAAGAUUCCAUUGCCAUUGAAGAUCAAACUAUGAUUCCGUUACAAUUUCAAAAAAAAAUAGCAAUCCGAACGAAGAAAAAAAAAAUAGCAAUCCGAACGAAGAAAAUAUGGAGGGCAAAGGAAAUAGUGAUGAAGUCAAUUUAGAUGAUGAUGCGCCUCUUUUUCCUAGUUUCCAUGAAAGUAGUUCAACAAAAAGGAAGAA